GGCGCUAUUGCCAGUAAAAAUUAUCCAUCCAAUUACGAUAAUUUAUUAGAUUGUAAUAUGACAAUUCAACUUCCAUCGAAUUACAAAAUAAAUUUAACAUGGCAAGAUUUUGCUAUCGAAGAUGAUUAUCAAUGUGGAUUCGAUAGUCUGACUAUAUAUGAUGUUGUUGGUCAUAGUAAUCAGACAAAAUUGGGCAGAUUUUGCGAACGAACACCCCCUCCAAAUGCAAUAGCAUCAACAGAAAAUACUCUUAUCUUACAGUUUCAUACCGAUGAAAGUGAAACCAGAAAAGGUUUUCUAGCAAAUUAU